AUGAUCUCAAAUAGAACCAAACUUAUGGUAUCAAUGGUAUCCAACAAAGAAAAUGAAAACCCUGAUCUGCAAAAGGGUUUUAAUGAUGAUAACGUACAAAAUACUGCCAUCGAGUUUGAAGAAAAUACGAAUUUAAACUCAGAAUUUUUUUACUUAGAAAAUAUGCCAAUUUAUUUAAUGGAUAGUACUGAAUUGGAGAAUGAUAAUAAUAUCAUUGAAGAUAAAGUUCUUGAUGCUUUCUCCAUUAGUGAAAUUUUAGCGGAUAGUCAGUUAUCGCCAAAAAUAAUUAACACUUCAUGUGACCAAACGGAGUACCUUAUGACUGAGACUGAAAACAGUUCGGCCUGUGAUAUUUUGCAAUCUAUUAAUCAAGACAACAGUCACAAUAAAAAAAGUGUGCAUCCAGACGAUGCUAAUUUUGAAGAACUUCUUGGGCGUUGGCACGAAGAGGCCGGUAGUGAUUUUUCCGACAGAGAUGGUGACGACACGCCAAACAUCAAAUGGAUUCACGUAAAGAACGUCAAUUACUUCAGUGGCUUGCUGAAAUUGAAAAUGAAGAAAACAGCGAAAGUGGAAAACCUCAAUGUUAGUGAAGGAAGUGAAAUUGAUGAGGUAGAUAUACAAAAUUAUAACACGGAUAGUGAAAUGUCAGCGAGUUUUAAAGAUGAGGGGUACUAUAUUCCUUGCCUCCCCGUUAUUGUAUUACGUAGUCCUACGUAUUUAGCCUUUGGAAGUCCAGCUACUGAUAUUUGUGGCUUUUGCAUAAGAACAAACCCUGAGAUAAAUACCACCAAGGAUGAAGAGCAAAGAUUAAAAUUAAAAAUGGAUUUAACUAUUCAUAAGACGCGAGCAAAGCAGUUUUUUAAAUCAAUGAAAGAGGAAUCUGCUGAUAGCGUGACAUAUUGCUUUGAUCUUCAACAGGUACAAAAUCUUCCAAAGGCGCCUAUUACUGAAGCACUCUAUUCUCAGCAACUGGCUUUUUAUGCAUUUUGUGUGAUAGAUAUUUUAACAAAAACUCCUGUUUUUUAUACAUGGCUUGAGCAUGAAGCAUUAAGAGGUAUGGUAGAAAUAAGUUUUGCGUUGACUGACUUUUUAAAAAAGACUGAUUUUGACCCAGAUAUUAAACAUUUAAGAUUGUUUUCGGACGGAUGUGGGGGUCAAAAUAAAAAUUCCCACAUGGUACAUGCACUCACCUUGUGGCUUUUGAAUAAUGCCCCAAAAACUAUUUAA